AUGAGUGAAGAAAAAAGAGAAACCCAUCACCACCACGAGCAGCCCUAUCCGCCGCCGUACGGGACCUUCCAGGGCGUCGCCAACCACCCGCCGCCGACGGCGAUAGGCUUUCCUCAGCCUGUUCCGCCGCCUGGAGUUUCCGGUGGCCCGCCACCGUCUCAGUACUAUGCUCACGGUUAUCAAGCUGUCCCAGUUUAUACUGUUGCAGAAGGAAGACCUGUAAGGGAACGCCGCCUUCCUUGCUGUGGCAUUGGCAUCGGCUGGUUAUUGUUCAUUAUUGGAUUCUUCCUGGCUGCAAUUCCAUGGUAUUUUGCAGCAUUGCUUCUCUUAUGUUCAAGAAUCGACCCUCGUGAGAAACCAGGAUAUGUUGCUUGUGCUAUUGCUGCUGUGUUAGCCACAAUUGCUAUUGUGUUUGGGCUGACAAGUAUCGAUUGA